AAGGUGGUGUUUACAUUUAUGAAGUGUGUAUUUUGUAUAUUUUGUAAUAUCUGCAGAUUAAAUGUAUUAUUAUUAUCAAAUUUAUAAGAUGUAAUCAAUAGUUGUAGAAAGUUAAAAAAAUUAAGAUAAAAUGAAUUUAAUAAUUGCUUUAAAAUUUUAUAUUACCCGGAUGACAGAAGAAAGUGGUCCUGGUAUGAAAGUUCUUUUGAUGGAUAAGCAGACGACAAGUAUAGUAAGUUUACUAUAUAGUCAAUCGGAAAUAUUUCUCAAAGAAGUUUAUUUAUUUGAAAGGAUCGAUGCAAAUGUUCGUAACGAAGGAUUAAAGCAUUUAAAAUGUAUAGUUUUCAUAAGACCAACCAAAGAAAAUGUCGAAUACCUAUGCAACGAGUUAAGAUGUCCCAAAUAUGGCACCUAUUAUAUUUAUUUCAGUAAUAUUAUAGCGAAAGCUGAUAUCAAACUUCUGGCUGAAAGUGAUGAGCAGGAAGUAGUGAGAGAAGUUCACGAAUAUUACGCAGAUUAUUUAGCUAUUAGUCCACAUCUGUUUUCACUUGGGAUCAAUGCAUGCUCACAAGGUUGUUACAGAACUGAUAGUAUAACGCAGGAGAACGGUGAUUAUAUAUCGGUGAUUAUACGUGAUUUUCGAAAAUUUUUCAAAAAUAUGGUCGAAAAAGAGUUGCAAUUGUUAAUUCUCUGUUUUAUGUGA